AUUAACUGCAAUCCAUUUGAUCAUUUGUGCUUCAAACCCUAAUUUAUUACUUCCGAAGCUCACACUGGUCACUGGAAAACUAAGAAUGGCAUCUUCAGGGGAGGUCGCUAAUGGAGCGAGUUUGUUGCAGGGUUCGUUCAUCUUAAGCCAAAGCAAAAACUUGGGUGAAAUUAGGGUUCUUAGCGAAUACUGAAAUUAGGGUUUCUUAGGUGCCUUCGCUAACGGAGCGAGUUUGUUCCAGUGUUCGUUCAUCUAAGCCAAGCAAAAACUUGGGUUAAACUAAGGUUCUUAUCGAAUUGUGAAAUUAAGGUUUCUUAGGUUUUCUAAGGGGCUCGGCAAGGAUCGCGCACGUGGUUUGUGAUCGAGUAUGACGAAGAGCCGAUCCCUGAGCUUGCCCAUGGCUUCGAAUUGCAGUAUCAGGAGGACGAGGAAGAGAGGUGAAUGGGAUAGUGAAGAUGACGGACUUCUUGUCGGCGGUGACGGAGAUAAAGGUCACGGCCUUGACGGCGCCGUUGGAGAAGAACAGGCACCACCAGGGACAAGAAACUUCAACAUGGAAUACUGAGGUUAUGCAAGAGAGGAGCAAAGAAACUGAACAUCUUCCUCCAUGUCAAUGAUCUCCUACUUCAUCUUCAUCUCAAUCUUCUUUGCUCCUCUAGCUUGUGCUUCACCAGCUCUCCUCCAUCCAGAUGAAGUGGAAGCGCUUCAAGAGAUUGCUAGAACGCUUGGUAUCAAGAAUUUGGACCUAAGAGAAGACCCUUGCGCUAAAAGCAUUCUGAGGAUAGCUGAUGGUGAUUUGCAGCCAGGGCAGGACAGUACAGUCAUUUGUGAUUGUAGCUUCGACAACAAUAGGACCUGUCAUAUUACACAGUUAACACUCAAGACCUUCAGUCUUCCCGGCAGAGUUCCCCCAGAGUUGGUCAAGCUUCGAUAUCUCAACCAAAUUGAUUUAUGCCGCAACUACCUUUCUGGCACAAUUCCAGUGGAAUGGGCCUCAAUGGCAUACCUCAAAUCUAUUUCACUCUGUUCGAAUCGCUUAAGUGGAAACAUACCGUCCUGGCUGGGAAAGUUAACAAAUCUUACAUCCUUAGUGCUUGAAGAAAACGAACUCUCUGGCACUAUUCCAGACGAGCUGGGAAACCUGAUCAACCUAGAACACUUGAAACUUGCAUCCAAUCGAUUGACCGGAAGCUUGCCAAGCAGUCUUUCAAGACUAGUCAAGCUACGAGAUUUUUUCAUUAGUGACAAUAACUUAAGCGGCAACAUUCCCGAUCUUAUUGGAAACUGGUUUCAGAUUAGCAGGCUAUAUCUAUUUGCAAGUGGGCUGAGAGGGCCUAUUCCUGAUUCACUGUCGCGUCUAGAAAAUCUUAAGGAGCUGAGGAUUAGUGAUACGACUGGGAUAGACUCUUUUCCAAAUAUAUCCAGCAACGUCAUAAGACACCUGACUCUGAGGAAUGUGAACAUGUCUGGACCAAUUCCACCUAGUAUCUGGCAAAAGGAGCUAUAUACUUUGGAUGUAUCGUUCAACAAGUUGACUGGAGAAGUUCCAACCACAAGGAAUCCACCAAAAUAUACCUAUUUGACUGGAAACAUGAUUUCUGGAGAAGCUGGAUCUGGUGUCUUCCUUACCACCCCGUCGUACAUUGAUCUUUCUUAUAACAACUUUACAUGGUCCUCUAAAUGUGUGGAAAGAAGUAACAUUAACACGUUCCGGAGCUCAAAUAUGAAGAACAACUUGUAUGUGAAUGGUUCUAUUUUGGAUAUACGUGCAUAUCUUUACUUUCUCUUACUAUGUGGUGAUACAAAAGGUUUCCAUGUAACACGAGCUAAUGUGGUGCCUACAUAUUCCGAUCAUAUGUUACACAGAACCGGGCUUCUUCCAUGCGCCGAUCGAAUCAACUGCCGGAAGUAUCACCGCUCCGUACAUAUAAAUUGCGGUGGAGAAAACGUAGAUGUUGCAAAUGCUUCUGGUCGUGUCAUUUUUCAAGGUGAUAACAGUGCUCAAACCACAGCUGCAACAAAUCAUCACUGGGAAAACUGGGGAUUCAGUAACACAGGGGACUUUAUUAAUGAUAAGUUCAAAGAGGAUUCCUAUGUAAUUGCAACCAAUGCAUCAUUAUCUGGUGAUUCUUCUGGAUUAUAUAAGACCGCACGUAGAUCUGCUCUUUCUCUGGUAUACUAUGCAUUUUGCCUGGACAAUGGAAUCUACCAUGUGAAACUCCAUUUUGCGGAGAUUCAGUUUUCAGAUGAAGAACUGUACUGUCGCACCGCAAGGCGCAUUUUUGAUGUCUAUGUUCAGGGAGUACAGGUGUUGAAGGAUUUUAACAUCAGAGAGGAAGCUAAAGGGGCUUAUAGACCAAUUGUGAAGGAACUGAAUGCAACUGUAGCAGAUCAUACGCUUGAGGUUCGGUUGUAUUGGGCAGGGAAAGGCACUACCCACAUUCCCAAUAGAGGGAAUUAUGGUCCUCUUAUAUCUGCAAUUUCUUUUUGUCACAGUUCAGAACCUCGAUGUGGAGCGGAGAAAGCCAAACGAGAUCACUCUCCCCAAAUUAUUGGGGCAGCGGGCGCUUUUCUAUGUGUUAUUUUCUUGGCGUUUGGAAUAUAUACUAGAAGAAGAUGCGUACACCAGAACACAAGAGAAAUAGAUCUUAGAGCCCAGGUUCUGCAAACGGUUUGCUUCACCUGGAGGCAACUACAAGCGGCCACAAGCAAUUUUGAUGAAUCAAACAAACUUGGAGAAGGGGGUUUCGGAUCUGUAUUCAAAGGUGAGCUGGCAGAUGGAACUAUCAUCGCAGUUAAGCAGCUUUCGUCCAAAUCAUGUCAAGGAGACCGUGAAUUUGUCAACGAAAUUGGCAUGAUCUCGGGUCUGCAUCAUCCAAACCUUGUGACACUUUAUGGAUGCUGUGUCGAGAAGAAUCAAUUGUUGCUUGUAUACGAGUACAUGGAAAAUAAUUCGCUUGCUCAUGCGCUAUUUGGAAAGAGUAUGCUGAAACUGGAUUGGGAAACCAGACAGAAGAUUUGCGUUGGAAUAGCAAGAGGAAUAGAGUAUCUUCACGAAGGAUCGAUGAUCAGAAUGGUUCACCGUGACAUCAAAACCACGAAUGUGCUAUUAGACGGUGACCUCAACGCAAAGAUAUCUGAUUUUGGAUUGGCUAGGCUCCGUAACGAAGAACAAAGCCAUAUCAGCACCAAAGUUGCUGGGACCAUAGGAUAUAUGGCUCCUGAGUAUGCUCUACGGGGUCAACUGACAGAAAAAGCCGAUGUUUACAGCUUCGGAGUUGUGGCUCUUGAGAUUGUUAGCGGUGAGAAUAAUCUGAAAUGCAAGGGAGGGAUUGAACAAACUUCUCUUAUCGAUCAGGUGGUCAUGCUGCAACAGAAUGGUAACUUAUUGGAGAUGGUCGAUCCAAAGCUCGAAGAUGAUUUCAACCACGAAGAAGCCGAGAGAAUGAUCAAAGUGGCUCUUUCUUGCAUAAACUCGUCUCCUUCUUUGAGGCCGACGAUGUCAGAAGCCGUGAAAAUGCUCGGGGGAGAGAUGAAAAUAACGGAAAGUAUCUCGGACACUCAUUUGUACGGAGGAGUCAUCAACUUCCCGAGGCUGAGAGUUAGCUCGAGCAUGUUGGGAACUGAGAUAUCAUCCUCGGGUCAGGCCACGACAACUUCGAUAUCGGGUUAUGAAUUAUACCCUUUUGCUCCUGAAUCCGCCAUUCUGGACAGCAGCUAUACCUCAUCCUAGUCGUCGAUGUAGCGCGUAAAAUGUGACAGACCAAAGUCAUUUGAUAAAACCAAACAUGUGAACGCUGUAUCAGAUUCAUAGUCAUUAUAUAUGUAUACAGACGCGCGCGUGUAUCUUCUACUACAGGGUGAUACAAAAAAAAAAAAGGGUAAAAGGAAACAGCCCUCUAUUUCUAUGGCGUUUGAAGAUGGAGGGAGUUUGUGA